GUUUUGUAUUCGAUAUUUCAAUCUAAAAAUGAGAUACCAAUGAUGACUUCAACGCGGGAACUAAGACUAAGCCUUGAUACGCAUGGACCACACAAGGCUGACAGAACUCCCCUCCACCAAAGAUCCCACCUCUGACUCUCUAUCCAUCGCAACUGCCAUCACAUCACAUCACAUCACAUCACAUCGUAACUCAAUUCCCAACUCAAAAUGAGUACCUCUCAAACUCAAACUUCUGUCAAAAUCUUCAAAUUUCCCCGCGAACAUUCCUUUCCCCCGUUUUUCACCCUUCAACCUACCUCUUCGACUGUUCAUGCGCAACUUCGCAAAUGGAGCGAUUUAAUCCUUUCCUAUUUUGCGUUUCAUCGAUUAUUUCGUCUGACAGUUUCUACGUUGUUGUCUUCUGAGUUGUUCAAAAAUGAGAGGAUUAAUAGGAGAUUGGAUGAAGAGGGGCUCAGAGAGGUAUUGGAGUUUAUGAGAAAGGAGGGGAGAGUAGAGUGGAUUGGCGGAGGGGGGAAUGGGAAAGUAGGUGGAGAUAUAUGUUGGGUCUGGUGGAGGAAGGUAGAUGAAUGGGCGAGAGUUAUUGAGGAUUGGGUUGAUGAGACGGGACAGAGAGGGAGUGUGCUGACACUCUAUGAGUUGGUUGAGGGGGAGGGAGGGAGGGGUGCUGAAUUCCACGGUUUAGAUACGGAGAUAUUACAAAAAGCACUGGCGAUACUGGUGAAGAGGGGAAAGGCUCAGGUUUUCGGACAGGAGGAUCAACAGGGUGUAAAAUUCUUUUGAGCCAUGCGAACUCUCGAGAAUACAUACGGAAUGAAGAUCCCAAGUCUUACACCAUGCGUUGCGGGACGAUUGAAAUAAGCGUCGAGGGUUGAUACAUCCUUUGAAUGGGAGCAUUCCGCAUUGGCAUUCGCAUAAGGAGGAACCGUUUUACUGAAGCUUCGUUCCCCUUUUGAAUCCUCAAUAGGCCUCCACCGAAUUUUGCCCGCACUAGUAUUAUUAGUCAAUACUUCAGCAAACCCAGCCCAAGAUCCUUUCCAUGCCUGUCUUCCAGAAAACCCUUUUGAUCGGGAAACAUACAGGAGGUCACCACUUUAAACAUUGUACACACACUUAACAGUGCGUAGUCUCACAAGAAAGUGACCAGAGUCAAAACGACUCUUUCGGGAGCAAGGCCGACCCAAAGAUCACAAUCCGAACCAAGCUACAUGUAGCCAGAAACUCGAAAGGAAAUUUGGACGCAAUAGCUAGUGGUAGUUUUUGAGGCCUAGACCUAACGAAUGAGCGAGAGAAAAAAAAAUCUUGUACCGUGUUACCGUGUAUCGUCUUUUCCCGCUGUCUCCGGGGGACGGUACCGAAAUUAGAUGGAGAAUAAUAUUCGUCCUUCAGCUGGCCUGGGUGGAAUGCUAGAGCGGAUUGAGCUUAGUAGCAUCGAGUCUCAUCGACCAUCCCUUUUUCUUAGCAAUAGAUUUAUGUUUGAUCUGCGAGAUUUUCUGAUGGUACUUACUGGAGCAUUUUAAGAUGGAAAUUGGAGUAAAUAGUGGGUGGGUUGGGAUGGAAAUAUUGUAUUGUAUUGUAUUGUGUUGUUCGUUUUUGGUAGGUAUACAUUUAUAGAACACCAACGUGAGUAGAUAAGGAGGUAUGGAGGAAAUACUCAGUCAGCCAGGAAAUGCCUAGCAUGAAGAAUCCUCCGAAAAAAUGAAGUUGUCCAAUUUACAUACCA